UUUGCAGGUUCCCCGAGCCAAUAUCCGUCCCUGAAAUGUACAAUUGCCAACACAGUUUUACAGUUUUAAAAGAGAAAUGUUAUCUUGUCCACGACUUUAUUACACUAAUCUAGUAAUUCUUUUGUUGUAAAUAACGAAUUCCAACGAGUACCAACCAAUAACUUAUCGGCUUUUAAUCACCAAUAACAGUAUUUGUCUAGAUUUCUCAUUUCGGAUCUGUGGCAGUGUUUGUUUUAGUGCUGAGUUCGGCAGGAGGAAUUCCUCGACAGAGAAUGUGAAAGAUCUCUCAGUGAAGUAUUAUGCCACAAAAUGGUAGCGACAAUGAAGCACCCACCAAAGAAAAAGAAGCCCACCAAAAUGACUCACUACCUGCGCGUUCCUUGAAACAAAAGCUAGUGACCAUUAAAAAAGCAGUGACAGUGGAACCAGUCGUAGGUUUCUACUAUAUGGCAGUAUACCUGUGCAAGCCGGCCUUGGCCAACUUAGAAAUUGAAAAAGCGUGUAGGGUGAAUUUGCAGUACAACGACUCCAUCUGUGAUACCAUUGUCGAAGGCCAGCAUAAAAACUACUCUGCAUUCAACCACGAAAUUCAAGUAACGAUAAGUGAAAUGCAUUCGUGGCAGCAACCUGUUCAAAGUUUCAUGCCACUGAUAUUGAUUCUUUUCCUUGGAUCAUACAGUGAUCGCCACAAGUGGAGAAAACCAUUCAUAAUACUUCCAAUAGUGGGAGAAGUGUUGGGUACGGUGGGGUGUUUAUUAUGUGUGUUUAACAUGAAAACUUGGUCGUUAGAAGUACAAGGUGUUUUACAAAAAGUAAUUCCGUCUUUAUUUGGAGGACAAACUAUGUUGAAUAUGGCUACGACAGCCUAUAUUGCCGAUAUAAGCUCUAUAGAGAUGCGAACUAUUAGGUUAGGAAUCCUACAAAUAGUGAUAAGCGUAGCUGGACCGCUGGUUAACUCAUUUUGCGGUAUUUUAUAUUCGAAAAUUGGAUAUAUUCCUAUUUUAAGCAUCUCAAGUUUUUUGUUCCUAAUAGCAUUAACAUUCAGCCAAUUUUGGAUUGUAGAAAAAACUUCGUCUGGUAACAAACAGGCAGUUUCCGUAAUAGCAGACAUAUUCAGUCCGAAACAUGCUAUAGACACCUUCCAAGUGAUAUUCAAAAAAUCCCCUGACGUUAACCAAAUGCAUAUACUCUUGAUGAUCCUCGUGACGUUCUUACAACGAAGUGCUUACGAUGGUGAGACUAAUUUAUUAUAUCUAUACGUUCAAAACGUAUUUCAAUGGACUCCAGUAGAAUUCAGUUUCUUUAUAACCGUUAAUGGCUUGGUCCUCCUAAUUGGCAACUCCUUGGCUUUGCCCCUAUUCACAAAAAUCCUACGAAUAAGUGACCAUAUGAUACUAUUCGUUUGUAUCUUGACAAAAAUAUUCUCGAACGUAGCUUUUGGACUGGCGACCACUUCACUGACUUUUUAUAUAGGUUCCUCAGUUAGCGUUAUUACGAGAAUGUACAGGGUAGCGAAAAAAUCUCUUUCGACGAAAAUAGUUGCAGAAAAAGACAUUGGAAAAUUCCAGUCAGUAAUUGGAAUAUGUGAAGCAAUAGCACCUGCGCUUGCUGUACCAGUAUAUAAUAGUAUUUAUAUACAAACAUUAGAUACAUUUCCGGCUGCAGUUUUUUUCUUCAGUAUUUUAUUGUAUGCCGUUUGCAGUGUCCUGGUUCUACUGAUGACCUGUUUAGUGAAAAGGGGCUGCGAGGAAAAAGGAAUGGGAGUAACAAUGAAUAAAAAGAGUGAUUAUGAUGACAACAUCAUUGAAACUGUACACUUGUGAUAUUUAUUUUUACAAUAAAUUAUUUUUAUGCCUAUGAUAAUUCUAAAAAAUAUAACUAAAA